ACACCGCCAGACGACAGUGGGGAACUUUGCUUUAAUUUUUCUGUUCAAAUUAUAUCGAAUCUCCACCAUUCUUUACACGUGUUCCCUCUGUUUCUCUAUCUGUUAACUAUAAUUGUGGUCAAACACAGUUGGCUUCCAAGCUUUACCCUUCUACGACUUUUGAUGAUGAUGAUGAUGAUGAUGGUCGUCACUUUUAAGCCACAACAAACUUUGGCCUAAGCCUCUUGAUACAAAGCUUCAAGUUUUGGACUUCCUUAUGUUUUACGCUGUUGUUUUCAGAGAGUGAGAGAUUUAAGAUUGCAGCGGGGCACUUUUCCUUCUGACAGAGUUGAAACUAUGGAACGUUAUGAGAUUGUGAAAGAUAUCGGGUCAGGGAAUUUCGGAGUGGCCAAGCUAGUCCGAGAUAAAUGGACAAAAGAGCUCUUUGCUGUUAAGUUCAUUGAGAGAGGGCAAAAGAUUGAUGAACAUGUGCGAAGGGAAAUCAUGAACCAUAGAUCAUUGAAGCAUCCCAAUAUCGUUAGAUUCAAAGAGGUUCAUCUUACACCCACUCAUCUAGCCAUAGUGAUGGAGUAUGCUGCAGGUGGAGAACUCUUUGAGCGUAUAUGCAAUGCUGGUAGAUUUAGUGAGGAUGAGGCUAGGUUUUUCUUUCAGCAAUUGAUAUCAGGAGUCAGUUACUGUCAUUCCAUGCAAAUAUGCCACAGAGAUCUUAAGCUUGAAAACACUCUCCUGGAUGGCAGCACAGCGCCACGCGUUAAAAUAUGUGAUUUUGGAUACUCAAAGUCAUCUGUUUUCCAUUCACAACCAAAAUCCACUGUCGGAACACCAGCUUACGUUGCUCCUGAGGUUCUAUCCAAGAAAGAAUAUGAUGGGAAGAUUGCAGAUGUUUGGUCAUGUGGGGUCACCUUAUAUGUCAUGUUAGUUGGGGCGUAUCCCUUUGAAGAUCCUGAUGAUCCUAAAAACUUCAGAAAGACAAUUGGGAGAAUACUCAGUGUCCGCUACUCAAUUCCUGAUUAUGUCCGAGUUUCUAUGGAGUGCAAACACCUUUUAUCUCGGAUAUUUGCGGCAAAUCCUGAAAAGAGAAUAACUAUACUAGAAAUUAAAAGCCACCCUUGGUUCUUAAAGAACUUGCCCAUCGAACUGAUGGAAGGAGGAAGCUGGCAGAGCCAUGAUGUAAAUAACCCUUCCCAAACCUUGGAAGAAGUACAGUCUAUAAUACAAGAGGCCAUGAAAACUACAGAGGUCCUCAAGGUUGGGGGACUUUCCAUGGGAGGCAGCAUGGAUCUUGAUGAUUUAGAUGCUGAUGCAGAUCUUGAAGAUGUAGAGACAAGUGGUGAUUUUGUGUGCCCACUGUAAACAAAAUGUACAAAAUAGACCUCAUUAUCAUGAGCUGUUGUUUAUACAACCAUCAACAUCAGAAUCUUAUUAAUGAAUGAUUGAAGAAUUCCCUGUUUCUCCUCACCAUGCCAUUUGGCUCAUGGGAGACACCUUUUUCCAAUUACUUUGUGAACUUAUUAAAAUUGCUUUCCUCGGAUGUGGAGGCUGGAAUCAGCUCAAUAAUAAUGUUGGUGAUGUACUAGAAAGGAAUAGCAAUAUGAUUCUUUUCUGUUAAAAAA